AUGGCGCAAUUGAUGAAGCAGUUUAAGGUUCCGCCGAACUCGAUGAGCCUGGAGGAGGCUCGCCACCGAACCUUCGAGUUCUUCCGGAUGUGCUGUAGAUCUAUUCCUCAGGUUAUGGAAAUCUACAAUCUAUACGACGUCGUUACCCCCUCCGAACUCCGCUCUUCCGUUGCUUCUGAAUUCCGCCGUAACGCCAACGUCACUAACCCUAAGGUGAUUGAUUUGCUGCUGUUCAAGGGCAUGGAGGAGCUGAAGAACGUCGUGGACCACUCGAAGCAAAGGCACCACAUCAUUGGCCAAUAUGUCACGGGCCAUGAAGAUUUCAUGCAGGAUGGGGAUGCCAAAGACCAAGGCACCUCCAAUUUCCUUAAAAACUUCUACAAAAGCAACUACUUUUGAACUGUUUUUAGACCGGGUUUUUGCCUCAUGUUGAAUUUCACUGCUGCAAAAUCGCAAUAAAGCUGAACAUUUUGCCCACAGCCUGCAUUUGGAUAAUCAAUCCUUUUUCUUCUGGACAGUCGCUGUGAAAUGUUGAUUGUUACAGAACUUGUUCUUGUGAUCAAGAACUAAUUGUCAAUGUUUAGGUACCAACUGUUGUUUUAGGAUUUGGGAAGUCUUGAUAAGGAUGUUUCAUUUUUCACUGCACAUUUUUCAUUAUUCUUUGUGCAAGAAGCUGGCCUGUGGUCAAUUACCCCAUUCGUGAGAGUUCAAUGUUGGAUAAGAAAAUGCCACUUUUAUUAAACUUUUCAUCAAA